AUGCAUGGCUUCCUCUACCUCCUCUGCAUCCCCAGUGCAUAUCUGCUGCUCAGUAUCUACUCUUUGGUCAACAUGAACAGCGUGUCCUGGGGAACCAGAGAGACAGCACCAGCACCAGGGACUGCCCAGCCUGCAGCCUCCGCCCCUGCUCUGAGCCCCGUGCAGAAAGCCUGGAAUAGCUUCAAGCAGUUCUUCCGCAAAGGGGCCUGUUGUCAGAGGUGUAGGAAAGACAGUGCAGACGAGCCGAUGGUGAGAGAGGAGAACCCAGAGUCUCAGUACCAAGACCAAGAGGACCUAGAAGACCCAGAACUACUGCCCCAUAACACAAUCGUGGACGAUGUGGCCCCUAUUCAAGCCGAGCCAGACCAGUAUCCAGAACCUGCCCCUUUCAUUCCUGUCCAGUGCUGGGUCACUCAGGUACAGAGUGUGUCCGAUGAUAUGCGUUUAGUAGAAGACACUCUUGAAUCGGACGAGGAGCAGUUUUUCCAAGAGUUGAUCGUUCGUUAUUUGGAACCAGUGAAUCUUGACAAACAACAACAACAAGAAAUGAUGGAUGGUCUUCGGAGUCUUAGGAAUAAGGGAAACUUUGUAUACUUCAUGAUCAACGCGUUGUGGUUGGUGGCUACUUUUGCACUGCAGUACAGGAGUGACCUCGUGGGCAUCCGGAUCCCAAAGGUGAACAUUAACCUCGAAGAGACAGGAGAAUACAUGUUGAUCGAGCCCGUCGGAAUCAUGUUUAUACUGGCCUUCGCUCUACUUGUCUUCAUUCAGUUUAUAGCCAUGCUCUGGCACAGGUUAUACACAUUGAUUCAUUACAUCUCCUUCUUGGACACAGAGACCGAGAAGCUAGAGAUUCCCAAGAUGGAUCCGAAAAUGGAAACUUUCGAAGCCUUAAAAAAGGUUGACGAUGAGGAAAGUGAUGACGAAGACGAGCUGUUCUACCCAAAUCUACACGACAGAGAGCAAGGCGCAGACACAAUGGUCUGA